AUGGUGGCGACGACGAGAGUUCUUAAGGCAGUACGAGUGGUCGCACGCUACCUUACACGCCCGUCCCUCCUUCCUAAGACCUCCGCCCACCUCAAGUUGCCGCCAUCCACGCCUUUUUGCUUGCUUGCUUGCUCGUCUAUUUUUUUUUCUCAAACGCUCCCCUUGCUCCAAUCCCCUCCCGUGAUUUCCCUUGCCCGCCUUCGCUCGCGCCUGCCUCCCCCCUGCCUCCCCCCUGCCUCCCCCUGCCUCUCCCCUGCCUCCUCCCUGCCUCCCCCCUGCCUCUCCCCUGCCUCCCCCCUGCCUCUCCCCUUCCUCACCCGCGGGCGGUGGCCACUGCGCGCGCAGGUGGUACUGCCAGCAGCGGGCGCGCACGUGGGCGUGGUGCACCAGAUCCCCGAGGGCCACGUGGGCGUGUACUGGCGCGGGGGUGCGCUGCUCAAACACGUCACCGAGCCAGGGUACCACCUGCUGCUGCCCUUUAUCACCACAUACGAGCCCAUCCAAGUCACGCUGCAGACAGACCAGGUGACCAACAUCCCAUGCGGCACCAAGGGUGGCGUCAUGAUCUACUUUGAUAAGAUCGAGGUGGUGAACAGGCUUCGGCACGACUACGUGUACGAGACGAUAAAGCAGUACGGGGUGAACUACGACAAGACAUGGAUCUACGACAAGAUCCACCACGAGAUCAACCAGUUCUGCAGCGCACACACCCUGCAGCAGGUCUACAUCGACCUCUUUGAUCAGAUAGAUGAGAAGGUGAAGGAGGCGAUCAUGCGAGACCUGGUGCAGUACGCGCCGGGCAUAGAGAUCAUCGGCGUGCGCGUCACCAAGCCCAAGAUCCCGCCCGUCAUUGCACGCAACUACGAGCAGAUGGAGGAGGAGCGCACCAAGGUGCUGAUAGCGAUGGAGCGACAGAAGGUGGUGGAGAAGGAAGCAGAGACGGAGAAGAAGAGGGCAGUCAGCGAGGCUGAGAUGGCUGCACAGGUGAGCCGAGUACUGAUGGAGCAACGGGUGCGGGAGAAGGAGUCGCAGCAGCGGCAGCAGCAGAUUGACGACGAGGUGUUUGUGGCGCGCGAGAAAGCGCUGGCAGACGCCCACCACUACAGAGUGAUGCGUGAGGCAGAGGCCAACAGUGCGCUGCUCACUGCACCUUUCCUGGAGCUCAAGUUCAUAGAGGCUCUCGCCAACAACACCAAGCUCUUCUUUGGGGAUAAGGUGGGUGCGGGUAGGUGGUUGGGUGAAGGUCUGGAUGGGUGGGUGGGUUCGCUGCUCAAGUGCGCUGCCCACUGCACCUUUCAGCGGUUCAUAGAGGCUCUCGCCAACAACACCAAGCUCUUCUUUGGGGAUAAGGUGGGUGCAUAG